AUGUUUUCUCGAUUUGUAAAGCCUGCGGCCUUCAAGCCGGCAGGUGGGAUCUAUAACCGUCUUGCGCAGCAAGCUCGAUUUCUGGCUACCGUGGAGGGAAGUGUUGGCCGUGCUAUGCCAGCUACUCGACCAAGGGCUACUCCAAUCUCUCAUGACCGAGCUACGUUUACAAUCAGGGAUGGACCAGUUUUCCACGGCAAGUCCUUUGGUGCCAAGUCCAACAUCUCUGGUGAAGCUGUCUUCACUACCUCUCUCGUCGGAUAUCCCGAAUCUAUGACCGACCCUUCAUACCGUGGACAAAUCCUCGUUUUCACCCAACCUCUCAUCGGCAACUAUGGUGUUCCUUCCUCCGCUCGAGACGAACACGGCCUGCUGAAAUACUUCGAGUCUCCGAACAUUCAGUGUGUUGGUGUUGUGGUUGCAGACUACGCUGAGAAGUAUAGUCAUUGGACUGCUGUUGAGAGCUUGAGCGAUUGGUGUGCUCGUGAGGGUGUUCCAGCUAUCUCGGGUGUCGAUACUCGUGCUAUUGUCACCUACUUGCGAGAAGUUGGAUCCUCCCUUGCUAGAAUCACAAUUGGAGAGGAAUAUGAUGCCGAUCAGGAUGAGGCUUUCAUCGACCCUGAGCAGAUCAACUUGGUCAAGAAAGUCAGCACAAAGGCGCCCUUCCACGUCAGCUCUCACAAUGGCGAUAUGCACGUUGCUGUUAUCGAUUGUGGUGUUAAGGAGAACAUCUUGAGAAGCUUGGUUGGUCGUGGAGCCAGUGCUACUGUCUUCCCAUAUGACUUCCCAAUCCACAAGGUUGCUCAUCACUUUGAUGGUGUCUUCAUCUCCAACGGACCUGGUGAUCCAACUCAUUGUCAAGAGACUGUUUACCACUUGACCCGUCUCAUGGAGACCUCCCAAGUCCCUGUCAUGGGUAUCUGUCUUGGACAUCAAUUGCUUGCUCUUGCUGCUGGUGCCCGAACCAUCAAGCUCAAGUACGGAAAUCGUGCUCACAACAUCCCUGCCUUGGACUUGACCACCGGCCAAUGCCACAUCACCAGUCAAAACCAUGGUUAUGCUGUUGACACUCCAACCUUGCCUGCAGACUUCAAGGAGUACUUUGUCAACUUGAAUGAUGGCUCCAACGAGGGCAUGAUCCACAAGACCCGCCCAAUUUUCUCCACCCAAUUCCAUCCCGAAGCCAAAGGUGGCCCAAUGGAUUCUUCUUACCUCUUCGACAUGUAUAUUGAGAACGUUCAACGCUACAAGAAGAACCAAGCCGUCUACCCAGCCGGUGUAGGAAAGGACAACCGCCCCUCACCCCUUUUAGUCGAUAUCUUGAGCAAGGAGCGUGUUGGCGUUGCUCCUGCUCAGUCUGUUGAGAACUUGGCUCAAGCUGCCGCUGUUCAACAGGCUGCUGCUGCUUAG